UCAAUUAGUAAUAUUGUAAUUGAUCUGCAAUAAUGAAUACAUACUUGACAAUAUCAUUAAUAUUAAUUAGCUCAGUAAUUAUAUUAAUAACCCUAUUCAUCUUAUUUCAAGAUAAUACUCAAUUACAUAAGAUAAAUCGAAGAGAGCGUGAUAUUGCCACCUUAGAUCUAAAAAAAAACCUCAGAUUAUUCAAUACAGUAAACAAUGAAAUAAGAGAAGAAGAUGUAUCAAGAAUCGAAAAAUAUUCAUUCGAUCCGAAACAACGACCACACAGUGAUUUUCAAAACUGGCAAUAUCGAGCUGAAAAUUUAGGGGAAUUUAUUGGAUUUGCUAUCAUACUGCUUUGGAAUUCGAUCACAAUAGACAAUGAGCCUGUCACAGAUAACAUAAAAAAAUAUUUGAAAAUAGUCGAAGACAUUAUCACGCGUCUUCUGAAUGCUUUGUCCCGAAAAUUUACUAAUGACGAAAUACCCUGGGGUGAUACAUGGCGAUUGUUUUGGAUCGACUUGCCAACAUUGUUCUCAAUGUACCAAAUAAUCGGUACUGAUGACAAAUUAAAACGCCAAUGUCAUCGAACGAUCAUAAAAUUGAUCCCUUCCGUGGACUUGAAGCUUAAAUUUGAUGACUUUGAUCCCGUGAUCGAUUUUAUAAAUAUGUCGAUACCCCGUUUGGUGACGAAUUAUUUUUAUAAUCACCCAGGUUUUAUAGCAGAUCAAAAAAAUUAUAAAUUUACUGAUCUGAAAAAUUAUUUAUCAAAAAAGUAUAACAAAGGUGACGAAAUUAGCGAUGGAAUUUAUCAAGAUUUAUCAGCAGUGAUGCAUGAUGACGUAAUAAAUUAUGGUGAAUUUUUCCGUAUUAUCAAUUCGCUGCAAUUUCCUGAUUUUUAUGCCGCCAUUUGCUCGAGUCUCAACUUGUCAUCAAAUUUGUACAAUUUCAGCAAAAAACUGAUUCCGAAACUCCUCCAUCCGUCAAUUAAUUAUACGACUCUUGGACUAAUGUUCAGCAACGCUAUGAGAACUAGUCAGUAUCCGUAUUGGGGUAUUACGGGCACAUUGGGUGUAUUCAUAUUUCCAUUUGGUGGAAUCGGUCUGUUUAAAACCGAUAAGUUUUCAUUUUCGGUGAAGAUACAGCAGUCGGGCAUUGCCAGUUUCGAAAAAUACAGUGGCAAUAUUUAUUCGGAAGCUCCGGGUUGGAUCCAAUUACGGAAGAUUUAUUUUAAAGAUAAAAAUUAUGCUGACUUUGUUGAUUGGAAUGUCUUAAAAAAUGAACCGGGAAUAAUUUCUUAUGCAGACGAUAAAUGUCCGGUACUCGAGUCUUCAGUUAAAAAAUUUUACAGUUCAAAAAGUAAAUGCAAUUUUAUUGGACGCUUGAAUACUUACGAUCUUUUAUUCUGGAGAUCCGAGUAUUUUAUUGAUAAUUUAAUAAAUUGUCAUGUGUUAGAAGUUGGAAUCGUGACGGACAAUGGAUUGGAGUCGAUUUAUAGAAUCAAUAAUCGAUAUAAUGUUGCGAUUAAAUUUCAGUAUGAUGAUAAGAGUAAUAGUGGCCUGUUGAAGUGUUCAAUUAACCAGACAUCGUUGGAAUUAAUGGACGGGUGUGUCAGUAUCCAACCGGGUGAAACUGUGACAUUUAAUUGGCGAAUGCUGAUUGACGAUAGUGUUAAAAGUAAAAUGAAUAUUUCUGCAAUGAAUAAUUUUAAAUUUGAGUAUCGGAAUUUUAGUUAUUUGAUAGAGUCACAAAACAUGCCAGAGUAUUUUACAGUUAAGCAGAAUGAUGAAGAUGUCUUGCUUGGGAGCUCUAUUCCUACUGAAACAGAUUCUAUCUCGUAUGAAAGUACUGUUUGGGAAAGAGAUAUUGAAACAAUGAUGUAUGAAAAACGAGUUGCUUAAUUGAACUGCUCGACAAUAAUUACCGAUUUUGAUGAUCAUUUGACAAUUAUUGGUUCAUUUUUU